UCCUUCCCACCUUCACCCAUAGAAGCCGGGGGGAGCACCUAAUUUCUGCAUCUGUAUUAGGUGCACUUUGUUUCGCUUCCUAGCAUUCCGCACUUGAUUCCUCGCGAUCUGUGGGCAUUCAAGCCACUCCCAGUUCCUGAUCGCCUAUCCGGUGUCAUCUGACUCACGAUGUCAGCCACCGCCAUGUUAACAUCCGCGACCCUCAACCCCCCCAACUGCGCGCAGUUAUCCAGCCCGCAAUCAGGCAUCGCUGGCGAAGCGGCCCAACAGCUGCUGCUGCGCGUUCGCUUCAGAAGCGCAGCAUGCGCGCGAUCAGCCGUAGCGCGAGCGGGAUCAGUGCGCGCGGCGGUAGAGGCGGUGCCGCCAGCGGAGACGCCAUCGGCGCAGAAGAAGUCGAUCCGGCCGGGCGAGAAGAAGGGGUUCAUCGAGGAAAUGCGCAUCCGCGCCAUGAAGCUGCACACCAAGGAUCAAGCGAAGGAGGGCGAGGAGGAGACGAAGGAGCGGCCGCUGGCCAAGUGGGAGCCGACCAAGGAGGGGCUGGUGCAGUUCCUCGUCGACAGCAAGGCCGUCUUCGACGCCAUGGAGACCAUCGUGCGCGACGGCGACCUGCCCGUCUACCGCAAGUUCGUGAACACGGGGUUGGAGCGCAGCGACGCGUUGGCGAAGGACCUGGCGUGGUUCGAGGCGCAGGGCUUCGCCAUCCCGCCGCCCGACGAGGCUGGCUCCUCGUACGCCAAGUACCUCACCGACCUGGCGCGCACCGACACGCCCGCCUUCAUCUGCCAUUUCUACAACGUCUACUUCGCGCACUCCGCCGGCGGGCGCAUGAUCGGCCGCAAGGUGUCGGAGAUGCUGCUGGAGGGGCGCGAGAUGGCGUUCUACCAGUGGGAGGGCGAGCUGCAGGACCUGCUGGCGGCUGUCAGGGAGAAGCUCAACGAGGUGUCGGAGGAUUGGACAAGGGAGCAGAAGGACCACUGCUUGGACGAGACAGAGAAGUCCUUCAAAUAUUCUGGCCAAUUGCUGCGUCUUCUCAUCUCCUAGACUCUGCUGUAGUGCCACAAUACCAAUUGCAGACGUAGUACCAAAUAUUGCUAGAACUGAUCCAGCCAGCCAUAAUCUUCUUGAGCUGUUUCUUCUACUGGGCUAGAGCAGCUUCUACAUGAUCAUGUACAGUUGACAUUAUGACAACAUCACUACGUGCUUCCAGUUCUUUG